GACACACGUGUUUAUUUAGCUCUCAGAUGUUCUUGUGUUUUGGUGGUCAGCUGUUGAGCUAUUCAGCCAUCUUGACUCUCCUUCCUCCCUUGGCACCUCCUCGGCCCCCUCCUGCCUCACACACGCCCCAGGCCACCAUGAGCACCCAGGGACCACUGCUGCAGGACGUGAGUGUGGCCCAGGACUGACCUGAGUUAACAAGUCGAGCUUCCAAGUUGAAGUCUUCCAAACAGCCAAACACUAAGCGCGAUGAUGAGUGAAGGCGGCGGCGGCGAGGGAGGCGCGAGCAACGGCGGGGAUUCCUGCCCCCCGACCCACCAGGUGUGGCUCCCGCUCCCCCACAACGACGACGACGACGAGGAGGAGGACGAAGAGGGGGCACGUGGCGGGGGGGCGGGCGGGGGGGGAGGGGGCGAGGUGGUGGUGGUUGGCAGCGGCGGCGCCACCACGCUGUACAGCCGCGAGGACGGGGCCACGGUGCUGGAGGCCGCGGACGGCACCACGACGGUGCUGCGCCCGCACGGCCCCGCCCACAGGCUGACGGUGACGGUGGAGGGCGGCGACGGGGAGGCCGGGGAGGGCAUGACGGCCAUUGUGGACGGCCAGGCGGGCACGGCCACUCUGGUGGAGGGCGCCGAGGUGGUGAGGACGCAGGCUGUGUCCUACGCCACGCCCAUCCUGCACCACGUGUACCUGCAGGCCACCCCCACCACGCCGUCACUCCAGCCGCAGCCCGCCGCGACCACCACGACCUCCACGCCGCGCAAGACGCCCCUCGUGGCCCCCGUCAUCCUGCAGACAGCGUCCUCCAGUGUGAAGGAGGACGUUGGUAGCGGCAGAAGCGGCAGCAGUAACAGUAACACCAGCAGUAACAAGAGCAGAAAUACCAGUCUCAUCACUAGUACCAGCAACACCGCCACCAGUAGUAGUAAAAGUAGAGUUAGUAGUAGUAAUAGUAGUAAUAGUAGUAGUAAAAGUACCAAGCUCGGCAAAGGUGGUGAUGGUGUGAAGACGACCACCACCGCAAGCUUCAACUCCACCAGGCACGGCAGCAACACCUCCACCACCACCAACAACAACAGCAAGGUAGUGGUGGAGGACUCAGCCACCACCGCCGCCACCACCACUAUCACCACCACCACCACCACGACUACCAGUACCUGUGCUCCACCUGACGCCAGCAACCACCACCACCACAACACCAACCACCAUCACCAUCUCAGCCACCUCCACCACCAUCGUCACCCCUCGCUGUCUUCCUCCCCCUCUUCCACCCCUCCACCCUCCCUCUCCCCUCCAUCUUCGGCAAGUGGACCGCGCACCGACGACGAACUGACAUCCCUCUCAUGGCUUCAGGACUCCAACCUUCUGCGAGGCACUGCACUGUCCCCGGUGAAGAGCAGCCACGGGGCGACCGGGCGAGGAGCGGCGGGGGAGGUGGUGAAGGCCGAGUCCCCAACCAGCGACUACGGAGACGAGUCAUCGGACGCCCUGGAGCCCGGGGAGCUGACCCUCAACGACCAGCCGCACACGCAGCCCUCCCGCCAGCAGCCCAUCCCCUACAACCCUCAGGUACACAUCAAUGCCAAGCCUCCCUACUCAUUUUCCUGCCUCAUCUUCAUGGCCAUUGAGGACUCCAGUAAUAAGGCUCUGCCAGUGAAGGACAUCUAUGCUUGGAUCCUGGACCACUUCCCAUACUUUAGAAAUGCUCCCACCGGCUGGAAGAACUCAGUGCGGCAUAACCUCUCCCUCAACAAGUGUUUCCGCAAGGUGGAGAAAGCCCCGAACCUUGGCAAGGGCUCCCUGUGGAUGGUAGACCCGGCAUACCGUCCCAACCUCCUCCAGGCCCUCAGCAAAACCCCCUUCCACCCCUACUCCAACCUGGACCGCAUCUACCUGGUGUCCACCAAAGCUGGCUACAACAACAAGCAGCUUGGAGAAGGAGCAAGUGGGCAAGGGAGUGGCACUGCUGCAGCGCGGCCAGCAAGCACACCUGUGGAGAGCCCGGCAGCAAGUCCCAUCAAGCCAUCUGGGGCCAAUGUGCCUGACCCUGAACUCUUCCCUUACCUGGCCCGCCGCCUGGGCUCCUCAGGCCCUGGGGCCGUGGGGAUGGAGGUGGUGGGCUCAGGGGUGCACAGUGAAGACGUGGAUGCUGCAGCGGCCAUGUUGGCUCUCAAGCACGGUUCACGUAUUGUGACUCCGGCCAGCGGUGAAUCCUAUUCUCAACUUCGAGAUGGCAAAGACACCUCUCUCUUAUAUGAAGAAAACAGGAGGAGGAAGAGAAAAAGAAAGCACACGGAGGUUGGAGAUGCCCGCAUGAUGGUAAUCAGCUCCUCGCCAAGCCUGGACCAUUCAUACACAUCUGUGGACGGUGAGGAGGAGUACCCAGGACCCACGGCAUUGCCUCCCCCAUGCAGAGCUGCCAAGACCAACCCUCAGCCACACCCACCGCCCACGAAGAAAGCCAACCACUCUCCUACCUCUAGUGUGGACGAAGCCUUCUCAGAUGACUCUUAUGACAGUGAUGUGACUAGCGAGGCUUCCCAGGCAGACAUCAGGCAGCUGGUGGAGGGAGCCGAUGCACUGCUGAACUUGGCUGCUGUUGCAACGUCUCUUGCCUCUCAGCGCCACUUUCCGGAGAGUGUGGGAUCCCCUGCACCGCCACACAUGUCAGCUCCAAGCAGUUGCCAAAAUGUUCCAAGAAUCCACCACUCUCCAGCAACCCCUCACCUGGGGCGGGUCCAUAUUCUGAAACCGUCAGCAGCAAGGUCAGCCUCUGGAAAGAGUGGGAGCAAGGCAAAGAGUGAGGUGGCCCACAACAACAAUACCAUCCUGACCAACAACAACAAGGUCCUCAAAGUGAAGAGGUUCAGCAGCCGAGCCUCCAGCCGGCAGCAGCUGUCCUCGUCCUCACACUAGGCAGUGUGGGGCGACACAUCAAAAGCAACAGUAGUGAGGUUACCUUUUAAAGUAACUCAAACGUAGAUGGAUUAAUUAGUGUUUGUUUCAAAAGUAUAUGGUAUUGUUAGUGAUUUAUACAUGAAGCUAACCUGCCAAGGGUUUUCAUGAAACUAAUAUGUGAAUAAUAAGUAUGCAAUGUACUGCAGUGCUUCUUAUGCAAGUCUCUGGUCAAAUUAAUUCAAUGUUUUUGUACAUUUUUUGUAAAAGCCCUUUUUAACAGCAUGACCAUUUGCCAGAGUAAGACUCCUGCAGUCAAAGUUGUUAGCACUGUAGAUAUUUUCGUAUUGUUAUAUGGCUUCCCAUCAUGUUCUGUUGGAUUAGUUUAUAAUCGGGGCGUCGCGCCGCGACUCAAGUGCUCAGUUCAGUCACGUUUAGAAGGAAAUCCGGUUAGCCUCUAAAUGAUAUUCUUUGCUGUCAGUGUCGUGUUGGAUACUUCCACUUUUUUUUACAUGAUAAUAGAGCAAUAAUUUGUUUCCUCAGUCUACAAACAAGAAUCACUCCACAUCACUGUGCUCUGAUUUCCUUCUCAUCUGAAUGGAAAGUUACUUUGCAUAUGCAAUAAUUAUGGCUUGUGUAUGCACUCCAUGCAUUAUUGAAGAGCAAUACUGUUUAUACACUAGCUGUACGUGUUAUUUUAUAGAUCGUUUAUCAUACUAGUAAGAGGCUGUAAUGUAUAUAUACAUAUAUAUACCCAAGAAUGCUUUAUUGUAUAUAAGAAAUCUCUAGAAUCAGAUUAGAAUAUAUUUGUUUAUAUUUACUUUGAUGAAUUUCCCAUUUUCUGUGGAUACGAUUGGAUAACCCAUACCCAGCCUGAUGAAUCUGUGCGGCAGUACACACUGAGGGAGGGAAGCACCACACACUCAGGAGGGGCUCUCAGAGGGCACGGCAGACUCAGUAAUGCCACCCACACAGCGUUGGCUUUAUUGAACAUAACAAAACUGCCAACAAUUAUUACUUUCUUUUAUAUUUUCCUGUGUGAGUAGACUUCAUCAAUAAUGACUUGAUGCAGUUGGUGGUUUGCCCACUCGCCUCACUUUACACAAAACACAUUGGUGAUAAAUCCUGUCAUUGGCCACAGCUCUCUCAGUGGCAUGAUAAAAGACACCAGAAACUAUUUAUUGUACUACUAAUACGAAACACGUCUUCUAAACUAACAUGUUUAAAGUUCUUAAUGGGCACUAAUGGGCUGUGAUGAGAUGGUCAGGCUGGGUAGUUUACUGUUGAGUCCACCUUUGUCUUCCUUACUAUGUCAAAUAUAUAGUAAUUAAACAUUCACUUUGAUUUACAAAUGAGUGGGGCUUUUAUUAGUUAUGGUUGGUCCUGUCCUCCCAUACUCGUGUUACGCUAAGAACAUUACUUCUGCCAUACUAAAAAGACUGCAAAAAGGUUGAGCAAGGUCAGGUGGGAUUGCAGUGUUAAGUGUCACUAGUAAAUGACACUCCCAAAUUUUCUUAAGCAACGUUCAUCUUGUACUGCACCGAGGAGCAAGGAGCCUACCGCUGUGGUACUGUCAAAAUGGUUUUGUACUAAACACAAAAGGGUCCAUUUGUAUUGCCUAUGGUGUUGAGAGUUUCCUCCCAUGUGCCAAAGUAUCUGCCAGAUUUUAUAAGGAACCUCAGUGGUCAUCAGUGUUUAUAUAUAUGUGCCAAAAAGAGGGUAGGGGAAUGAUGACAGUUUCCGUGUCUGUAGCAGAGCCUCCCGCCACUAGUGGAGGGCAGCGUGUAGCUAACAGAAAAUUUCAACUAUCUGGAUGUUUUCUGUACGACUGUAAAAGUAUUCAAACAAUUUUCUCUAUCAUGAUGGAAAUGUGUAGACCACUUAGUAGAUGUGUGAAUAUUUUAGUUAUGCAGAUUCAUCAUAUUACAUGAGAAAAACUGAUGUCUUCAUUACUGUACAUCAAGGGUGAUUUCAGGGACUCAAAUAUUCUGCUCCAAAAAACAUUAAUGAUUAAUUCUCUUUCUGUAAACACUUAACACCACUAGUUUCACGAAACACACCGGUAAAUUGACAAUGCAAGCAGCACAGCAUUUGUAUGAAUCAUUAAUGUACUUGAAACUUUAUUUAUAAUUUUUCAAACUUCCUGAUCACAUCCAAUAGUUUAGUGCUGGCUUACAGGCUAACUCUAAUGAUUUUGUCCUGCCAAAUUUGACAAAGUGAACCAUUACAUGACUUUGCAUCCCAGAACACGGAAUCACAAGGAAACUUAACUAUUACUUUAGACAACCAUUUCUGAACUACAUACAUUCACCACCAGCACACAUGCUAUUUUUUGUAUGAGUAAUGUGUGUUAAUUUUGUGAACUGAAGGAUUCAACUAAUGUAAAUAGUCCAGACAAACUGACCCCUUCUCAUACUUGUAGUUUGGGAGACUACUGGCAAUAUGAAAAAAUUAUCUUAGGCAUUCUACCCUAUUUGUUAGGUAUUCUAUUUUACGUUGUAAUUAAGGUGGUCUUUUAAAUCAUCAUCUGUUGUGUGUGCAAAUUACCUGCAAACAAUUUUUGGGUCUAUUUAUAAGUAUGGCUGCCGUGUAGGGUUUGUUGGUGGUGAUCCAUUAGUUCACAUGCUGCUAAAAAAUUAUCAAAAUAUUUAAUACUAAAGAAAUCCAAACCAGGUGAAGUUGACACAAAACAGUACUGACAUGCCUACAUACCUUGCUAAGUAAUUUCAUGAGUGACCCCCACUCCUUGCAGAGGGAAGGUGGCAGGAUGGGGAGUCAAAGGCCCAGUGACUCUUUUGAUUCAUGUUGAGCAAAAUCAGUGAUGAAAGGGUCCAGUCCUCAACCUCAUCCUCUUGUAUUGUAGAGCCACAUCCCUUCUAACUGCCUCUUGACACACACUGGAAUACAAAGAUGUGUAUUAAUCCCCUCAUCUCAGGGAUCAGUAAUAUUAAUAUCUGAAGUGUUAAUUGUCUUGACCUAAAUAGGAUGUUUAAAGUUGACAUGUGUAUUGCCCGAGCCCGUUAUGACAUCGUGUACAAAAUACUGUAUUGGUUAAAUAUUUAAAAUUAUGGGCAAGUUUUAAUCAGUGUCAUGAAUGAUUCCCUCAGGGUUCUGUACUGGCCUCAUUAUUAUUACCAUUUGCAAAUUUAUAGGUGCCAAGUGUUGGAAGGAAUAUGUCCAGCUAGGAAAGAACUUAGGAGACUGAGUAACCUCCAACUCAUAAGCAAACUCAUAAUGAGGUGGGUGCAUCUGUGUUAGGGGCUGCACCAACAAAGUACAUUUCUCGAAUCACAAGCAAAGGAAGUACUGGAAUUGUCUGGAUAAAUUCUGCACCUGCAAGGCCUCACUCAGAUUAUACUGUACAGUUCUUAACCUUGUCUUCAAGAUUAGUCAUAGAUUUAUUUGAAUCUGCAGAGAAGACUAAAUAAUACCAUGUCUUGAGAAAAUUUCCAGUCUGUAGAGCAGAGUGCAGGUAUCCCUCAUUGGGGUUUUAGGAUGAAUAAAGGUGAUGAUUAUGAGUGCUUUCAUGAUGAGGAGGAACUAGGAGCAGUGGGGAUGUCAGGGCAAAUUAUAUCUAAAGUAGGAACAUGUAGAGUUUCACAAACAGAAUCUUGAAUAAGCUGAAAAGAUUUAAGAGGCAUGUGGGUUAGUGCAAAUACUGUAUGGAGUUCAAAAAAAGGUUGGAUAAAUUUAUUAACAAUAGACGGUAAUAAUAGGUUUAGGUUGCCCGCCCUCUUGCUGUGUGUUCUUGUUAAUUGAGAGGCUUGGAGGCCUAAGAUAAGACCACACACCAUUCUCCAUGUUGUGAACUCUGCCGUGUUUUUUAUGAGAAAUAAUUAUGAAAAUCUCUUUUGUAAUUAUUAAAUCAAAAACAAUGAUAUGAGGCAAAAGGGCUUCUUUCACUCUUUCAGUAAUGUAUAAAAACUACUCAUGUUUGGGGCAUAUUUCAUAAGAGAUACACAGCCGUAUGUACGAGUAAGAGGGAUUUUAGUGUUACAGUUAAGUGUGGAGGUUCUUGGGUGAUUUCCUUGGCCAAUGACAGAACUGGCUUACAUGUAGCCAAACUUACACUUAUGCAAACCUAGAGAAUCUUCAGUAUGUAUUCUGUAUUUACAUAACCUUCAAUCAUUGCUUAUAGAUGCUUAAAAAUCACAAGGCCUGGAUGCAAGAGGGAAGAGAUGCAGGAAACUCGUGAUUGAAAGUUCAAUGAUCGUAGUGUUUUAACCCUCAUUAAUAAUUUCCUGUCAAAUGAGACUGUGUGCCUUAGCAGGAUGGUCCACUUCUAUGCUUCUGACUACUACAAAAUUCAUUAACUUUUGGAUAAUGGUUCAGCAUCAUCCAAUUUUCCUCCAUUCAUCACCUCGGAUACAAAAGCUUCUCAUGGUUGUACUGAAGCUAUCAUUCAGCCAGUCUUUCUACUUAUCAAUAAAUAGUCUGUAAGAAGUGGUGGCUCCAUCUUGUAGCCUAGGUUAAGAAGACACUUGAAUAUGUACCAGGGCUGUGGGAUCACCCUUGACCCUGGUCACCCCUGUAAGAGUGCUGAUCUAAUCAGAUGAAACCAAUGUAUUGGGUAUUCUUGCUCCAGGACAUAACCAUUUCUGGCCAGCUAAGUGGAAUUUGUCAUCGAACACAGGAAGCCCUGCUGUGGGUAUAUUCUUACGGUGCUGGGGCUCCUCCCCGACGCCUGCUGCUGCCCCUCUCAGUACAGUGGUGCCGUGGGGCCAGUCAACACUCAGUUUACAAGUUAAUAUUCAGUCUGGAAGUGCCUUUUAUACUUAUAAUUAUUUAUUGCUGCCUUUUAGGCACUGCAGAUCCUUCCUGUGUAUAUUUACCAUUAAAAGUUUGAUUUCCCACUAAAUGCAUGUUCAUGUAUUAUUAAACUGCCAUGAACUGAGGCUUUCCCAGGGAGAGGUGACCCGCGGCGCGGCAGGAAGAGCCAAAACAAUGACACAAUCCGGGGCGAGCGUCGUGGUGGCCACGACUCGUCUAUCGCCGUGUUUUCUGUGACUUCCAAAUCAUACUGAAAAUUAUGACAUGUAUAGAUUUCUGCAGGGUAUUACAUUUAUAAGGCUACGCAUUUUGUAAUCAGGAUAUAUUUUUUUUGUUUUAUAAUCAGUAAAUCACAUUAACAAAAGAAAUAUUGCAAAUUAUUUUUAUUAUUUAUUUUGAUAUGUGUAUAUUUAUUUAUUAUGUAUGUAUAUAUGUCAGUUCAUUAUGACAAGUAACUAUGGCUACCUUUAAGUAGCAACAUUACGUCAUUCUCUAUAUGCCCUGGCAAAAUUUAUGUACUUAUUGAAACAUUUUUAGCAUAAAGUAGUAAUUAUCUUUCAUGUCUUUUAUCUUUUAGGGACUUUUUAUUGCAUUAUGCCAAACCUACUCACUCAGUGACGUGUGAGGCAGCAAGUGUUUCCUGAGUGUUGCCUGCGUGACUAAGUUUUUAUAUAAAUUUUGAACAAAAUCCUGCAGACCACCACCGGAGGAGGUCGUGUUCCUAUGGGUGUACAUACUGCUGACCCGCAGCAAGAGGUCAGUGUCGCGGAGCUAAAGUCGGCAGGAAAGUCACUGUGAAUCAAAGUCAAGGUUAACAGACAUUUUCUUAUGCAGCAAAUUAAUCGCCUUAAAUCAGUGUUGUGUGAUCUUAGUCUCUUCAAUAGAGUCCUACUGGGGACAAUUUUGGUUUGUAUAUUUCUGUACAAAAUGUACAUAUCACAACCCCAAUAAUAAUUAUACUUCAGAAA